AGAGCCUCCGCAUAGGGCUAGCGGGGUCAAACCGACAAAUUUGUAAAGUACAACUUUGCCCUUGCAAGACUUGAUGCACCCUUCUCACAAAGCUACAGUGGCUGUGCCUCACAUUAUACCCCAACACUUCUGCGAUCACAGCCUCUUUCUGUUGACUCGUCCAAGUACCGUAUCACAUCAAACCUUCGUACGUGCUCAUGUUGCGUUGGAGUUUUCCCAAUUCGCUAAGCUCAAGUGGCAGCCUAAAGUCUGACAUGGAGGAUUCUCUGACUGAUUGCUACGACAGCAAUGACGAUGCCAAUUCUAUUGUUGUUGAGCCAAGUGAGGUUGGAAAGAAGAGGCCUGCCCCACCGUCACCAUAUAAAGUGGUCAAGCGCCGCAAAUUGAUGAGCCGUGGUCGCGUCUCCACGACAAUCCUUGGCCCGGCUGCUGCUUUUGUGGGUGGUCGAAGGAAAUGGGCGAAAAUGGAGAGCCGCGUUCGACAGUUGACCGAGAAGCUACAAGUACCCGCCUCUGUUCCACUUCCCGCUCACCAAACAGAACUUGUGUAGGCAACAAAAACCUCGUCCGCGACGAUGACGACGACGACGAUGAAACAAGCAGGCAACCACAACAAGAGACCUCAACCUAUGUUCUCCCUCUUUAUUCCCUCCCUCGUGCUGGUCCUGAAAUAAAUAGAAACAGUCAUGUUACCAUAGCUCAUAAUUUAACUACCGUAUUGAAGCCG